AUGUCUCAGCCUCGUAACGCUCGGGCUACUACAUUCAGCUAUUCCGGGCGAGACUUAUUGCUAGCACGGCUGCGACACCGUUUAUGCAUGCAACUACGCCAAGGGCAAAUCAAAAAUUCGGGAAUUUCAGACCAUCAGACGCUCGUCUUUGACUUCAAAUUAUCGCCAUCUGCUACUAAAACCCCACACGAUAGUCGGUGA